GAUAUCUCGAGUGGGAGUUGCGGCUUAUGAUCACAAUGGUGGUAUGACAGAAGCGCUGUCAUUUAGAAUCGAACGGAUAACUUAUUUGUCAAAUAUUUGAAAAAACAUCACCGCAACAUAAUGGCGAUGGGAAAAGGUUUUCGCGUAUACGAAAAAUUAAAACCACCUAGUCCACAUUCCCUUUUGUUAGAACGUCGAAAUCAUAAAGAAACUGUCUUAUUUGAAUCUCAGGCUGUCGCUGUACUUUCUCUUCAAGAAACAGAAUCCUUGAAAGGACAAUAUACGAAAUUGUUAGAUGCCUAUGGAUGUUUAGGAGUAUUACAAUUAAAUGCAGGAGAGAACACUUUACUUUAUCUUGUCCUUGUUACCGGUUGCUUCUCAGUUGGUAAAAUUGGUGAAACUGAAAUCUUCCGAAUCACACAAUCACAUUUUGUUCCUUUACAUUAUAGUCAAGGAAAUGAAGAUCGUGUAUCAGAAGUUAGAAAAUUCCUUAAUUCUGGUACAUUUUAUUUUUCUUGGACAGGCGGGCAACAGGAAUGUCUUGAUAUCACUCUUAGUGCCCAAAAAAGAAGUAAAUCAACGACCACAGAUAAUAGAUUCUUUUGGAAUCGAAUGUUACACAUUCAUUUGUUAAGAUAUGGAGUAGAUACGAGCCAAUGGUUACUCAAAGCAAUGUGUGGCAGUGUAGAAAUUCGUACAGUUUAUGUGGGUCAUAGACAAGCUCGCGCAGUUCUUGUAUCAAGAUUAAGUUGUGAAAGAGCAGGUACUAGAUUUAAUGUCAGAGGGACCAAUGACGAUGGACAUGUAGCUAAUUUCGUGGAAACCGAACAAACUAUUUAUUUGAAUAAUGAAGUAACAUCUUAUAUACAGACUAGAGGAUCGGUUCCAUUAUUUUGGGAACAACCUGGAAUACAAGUCGGUUCGCAUAAAGUUAAAAUAUCCAGAGGAUUUGAAGCUUCAAAACCAGCUUUUGAUAGACAUUUAACUAUGAUUAAGCAAAGGUAUGGACAACAAGUGAUAGUAAAUCUUCUGGGCUCCAGUCUCAUUGGUAGUAAAGAAGGGGAAGCAAUGUUAAGUCAAUUAUUUCAAAAACAUCACAAUAUGUCAGAACACAAUGAUGUACCACACAUAUUAUUUGAUUAUCACCAGGAGUGUAGAGGUGGAAACAUGAAGAAUCUCUCCAAAUUAAAAGCUAAAGUGGAAAAGUACUUAGAGUCCUUUUCCUUAUUUUAUGCUGCUGGAAAAAAUGUAAUACUUGAACAAACUGGUACAAUUCGUACUAAUUGCUUAGAUUGCUUGGACAGAACUAACUGUGUACAAACUUUUUUUGCAUUAGAAUUGCUUGCGCAGCAAUUGAGUUUACUAAAACUACUUGAAAAACAACAAAUGGUGUCAAGAUUUGAGGAAAUUUUUCGUCAAAUGUGGAUAUAUAAUGGCAAUGAAGUUAGUAAAAUUUAUGCUGGAACAGGGGCGAUUCAAGGAAGCUCAAAAUUAUUAGAUGGAGCAAGAUCUGCCGCUAGAACAAUACAAAACAAUCUUUUGGAUUCGAGUAAGCAGGAAGCUAUUGAUAUUUUGCUCUUAGGUUCUACAUUAAAUACAGAGAUAGCUGAUAGAGCUCGAUUAUUGUUACCAUCUAAUAUGUUACAUGCUCCGCCAAGUGUAUUGAGAGAAAUGUGUAAAAGAUAUAAUGAAUAUGUAACAACAAUGAAGCUUAGAAUAAGCGUUGGUACUUAUAAUGUGAACGGCGGUAAACAUUUUCGAAGCGUAUCACAUAAAGAUAUUUUACUUUCUGAUUGGUUAUUGGAUGCUCCGCGUCAUUCAUCGUCAUUGGUAUCUGUGGAAUAUGAUAACGUACCUGUGGAUGUAUUUGCAAUUGGAUUUGAAGAAAUAGUAGAUUUAAAUGCUAGUAAUAUUAUGGCAGCUAAUUUUGACAAUGCAAAAGCUUGGGCAAAAGAAUUACAAAAAGUAUUAUCAAGAGAUACCGAAUAUGUUCUUGUUACAUAUCAACAAUUAGUUGGAGUUUGCUUAUAUCUAUUCAUACGACCCGAACAUGCUCCUUAUUUGAGAGAUGUUGCAGUAGAUUGUGUGAAAACAGGUUUAGGUGGUGCUACGGGUAAUAAAGGUGCGGCAGCUAUACGAUGUGUCUUAUAUUCUACAUCUUUAUGUUUUGUAUGCGCCCAUUUUGCUGCUGGCCAAUCUCAAGUUACUGAGCGCAAUGCUGAUUAUGCAGAAAUAACGCGAAAAAUAACGUUUCCUAUGGGUAGAACACUAAAUACUCAUGAUUAUGUAUUUUGGUGCGGAGAUUUUAAUUACAGAGUUGACAUGGAUAAGGAUGAAAUGAAGGAAAUGAUUAAGAGGAAUGAAAUUGAUCAAAUACUGCAAUAUGAUCAAUUAAAAGUACAACAGGAACAGGGUAAUGUGUUCAAAAACUUUUUGGAAGGAUCCAUUACAUUUCCUCCUACAUACAAGUACGAUCUUUUUUCCGAUGACUAUGACACGAGUGAAAAAUGCCGUCAGCCUGCAUGGACAGAUAGAGUUCUUUGGAAACGAAGAAAGCAAAUACCUGAUAUUGAUUCUCCUACAGAUUGGUAUCCAGGGAAGCUUAUUUAUUAUGGUAGAGCAGAAUUAAAACAAAGUGAUCACAGACCUGUUAUUGCUAUUAUCGACGUAGAGGUUUAUCGCGUUGAACCACAACAAAGGGAACAUGUAUUUAAAGAAGUAAUAGAAGAUUUGGGUCCACCGGAUGGAACGAUAAUAGUAAAAACGGUAGACGAAACAGAAGAUGCUGAUAGCGCAUUCGAUAGUAAUGUUAUGAUGGCAUUGGUACAAGAUCUGUCUCAUAUUGGCGAAGUGAUUCUCGUGAGAUUCGUUGGAGAAACAAUUUGGGUCACCUUUAGAGAUGGACAAUGUGCUUUGGCCGCUGCAAAAAAAGGAAUGACACACGUCUGCGGCCAAGCAUUAACUUUAACAUUAAAGUCACCCAAUUGGAUGCAACUUAUUGAGAAAGAAAUAGAAAUUUGUAGCAAUACCACAGCAUCGCAAUCUAGUGCUUUCUCGCCUAUUUCGAAAACUUCUUUGCCAAAAUUAGAACAAUUAGGAAUUGGAGAACAUCCAUCGCCUAAUAAAGGAAAUACGAAUGAUGUUACCCCACCGCCCAGGCCAGCUCCACCAGGCAGACCAUCUCAACCGCCUAAAAGUCCAUAUCAAGAGAAAAAACAAGUUCCCCACGCAGGUGUAUUUAGCGUAUUACCUAAUCAAUUUCCAACGACGCCAGUUAAAGAUAGAGCUGAAUCCGAACAAGUGGAAAGAUCGUCUCCGGAAUCUGCAAUUUACGAAGAAAUAUUAGAUGGAUUUCCUAAUUAUCCUGCGCCAACUAGACCACCGCCGCCAUUGCCACGUACAGAUCCUUCCCAAGAAUCAUCGAACAAGUGUAUUAGUUCUAUACCUCCUCCAUUACCGCAAAGACAAAUUCCUCCACCUCAGCAUGCCCCGCCCAGCUUGCCUACAUCGUCGGUUCCACCACCGGUUCCAGCGAGAACAUCAGGUGGUCCACCUAUUCCAGCGAGAAAUCCACAUUAAAGACAGAGUUUACGUUAGUCCUCAUUUAGAGUAUUAUUGUCAUCUUACAUAUAAAUAUUUAUGACACUAAAUAGAGAAAUGAGAUAAAAACAAGGCAAAGUUCUCUUUUGCUUCCGUAAGAGUCAUCACACUCUCUCUCUCUCUCUCUCUCUCUCUCUCUCUCUCUCUCUCUCUCUCUCUCUCUCUCUCUCUCUCUCUCUUUUCCUCGGUGCCGCGAUGACUUCCAAAUCUAUUUCGUGGCUAGGACCAGUUCUUUAUCUGUAUACAAAAUAAUAUCAGUGGAAAAGUGCUUGUUACUGCACCAUUUCAUUGAUUCAAAUUCUUCUGCAAAAUAAUAAUUAAGUGAUUCCAUAAAAUCAUCGUAUGCCUACGAUCUUUGAUUAUUAUUCCAUGAUCUUUGUGUUUAUAACGAUGAUAUAUAUAUAUAUUAUAAUAUUGAUUUUUUAUAUUGCAAGAUUAUAUGUUGUUUAUAAAGAAAACAAAAAAUAGCUAAAAUUUUAAUGGCUAUAUAUAAAUACAAGGAUUAUGAGAUAAUACUACAAAAAAAUUUAAGUUUAUGAGAGAACUAGAGAAUUAUUAAAAGCUAAAAAAAAUAUAUAUAUAUAUAUAUAUAUGAGCAUGUUUGACAUAUGAUACAAUGAUAUGAUAUACAAAGUUACGCUUAAAUUAUAGCGCAUAAUUCUAAAUAAAACCCAUGGAAUAUGUUGUAGAUUCUAUUAGCUCGAGACAUUGCUUGAUGUAUCUCAAAUGUUGCAAAAUAGAAAACUACUUAUGAAUUGGAUAGGAAACAGUCGUUAAUUUAUCUAUGAAGAAAGUAUAUACAAUGAGAAAAGGACAACAAAAUAGUGAUGCAUUGUAACUUAAAAUUAAAUGUAAUUCUCAUUAUUCAGUUUUGUAUACCGCCAAAUGCAUAUAUGUUAUUCGAUGUUAUGAAAAUAGCUAUUGUCAAAGUAGUACAAAAUUAAGAUUUCUUGCUUACUAAUAAGUAGCAAUGCGAAGAAAUGAAUAGGCAAAAAAAAAUUUCGUUCCCAUAUUUAUGAAUUAUUUUGUCCUGAAAGUAAAAUAAUAUUUUUAGAAAAAUCAUUAAAAAGUCAUUUAAAAGUAUUUUUAUAUUUUCUAAUCAUUUUUUUUCCAUCAUAACUUACAUUUUUCCAAUGUAAUUUUUUUUUUUUUUUUUUAAGACAAUGCUCAAUGAAACUGGGAACACCUUCCAAAAUAAAUCACAUGAUCAAAUAUUAAUCUAAAAUAUUCUUGAAAGAAAAAGAAAAAAAAGACAUAAAAUUCCAUGAAAAAUUAUUCGAUGGGUAUAUGGUGUGCGUGUUUAUAUAAUUUUUUUUUUUUUUUAUCUCUGAAAUAAUAAUUACAUUUUUGAAAAAGAUAAUUGAAACAUUCCUAAAACAUCGAAAUAUAUCAAUAUCGAAUUUUUAUUAUUAUAGUUAUAGCUUAGAGUUUUAAUUAUAAAAUAUUUUAAUCCUGCAACGAUUUUGCAGUACUACACCUAAUGGAUGUUAACAGUAAUAAAUUUUAAUAUCGUUUCAUAAAGGGAAAAAAGAAAAAAAAAAAAAAAAAAAAGAAAAAAAAAGAAAAAAGAAAAAAAAAAAUUUUAUUUAUCUAAAUAGCA